AUGCCUUCGCGGCCACCCGUGAACGACCAGACGCGCUCGUGGUUUGAGCCUGUUUCUCUCCAUGACGAUACUGAUGUCGAUAUUGUCGCUGUCCCGCCCGUCGGCGCCCAUCAUAGAGAGACGUGGAUAGCGCCUGGCGCGAAAUUAUCCUGGCUUGAUGAAGAGCUACUACAGCAUGUGCCUCGAGCACGAGUCCUACUAUAUAACUAUGGAGACCUACGUGACGACAAAAUCGAUACCUUGGGUCAACGACUGUUGAACCAACUCCAUAGUGAGUGGACACAUGAGUCAACUCGACGUCCCAUUUUUUUUAUUUGCCACAGCACCGGUGGUCUCGUCGUCAAAGCAGCUCUGGCCAUGGCAUCACGAGAGGCGAGCCAGUCGACCUUAAUCAACUGUCAUGGUAUCGCCUUCUUUGCAACUCCCCAUCAAGGCUCGACCUAUCUCUCUGCCGAUGAAUACGCGGCUAGUAUACGUCGACUCCUGCAUCUGGAUUGUGAGACCCCGGCAGCGCUCAGGAUGCAGUUGCGUCCCCGUCAAGAGCACCUAUGGCAUCUGUCGAACCAGUUCAAAACCCUUUCGGCUGACAUGAGGGUCUGGUCUUUUCUCGAAACUGUGGAUUCAACUAUGCAGGUGAUCGACACCGAGACUCAUAACAUAAUGGAGUUUCAUGUGCCCAUUACUUCGAUUCGGUCGGGUUUGUUGGAUAUUGAGCAUGAAAAAGAAGUGCCCAUGGCAACGGACCAUGCGGGGACGGCAACUUUCCAUGGCCAGGAGUCUACACGAGAUCGAUUCCUCGAUGAGCUUGCUAAUGCUGUGGCCACGGCUGUUGAAAUUUCCCAGCGCGAGGAUAUUCCGUUACGCGUGGAAGAGCAAGUCAAGGUUCAAAUUAACGGCUUCUUCGAGGAUACUGCACUGGGUGUCAGUGACGAAAGUCCGCUCAAGCUGUGGUCAACCAAAGUGUCCCUGAGAGAGUACAUCUCUCGGGGUCCGUCAGCUUGUCUUCGGGAGAGACUAGUUCGAUUCCGACCCAGUGGCUUGGACCAUUCACCAAUGGGCAGUUAUGGUAGAUCUAGACCCGGUUCAUCCUACGUUUCUCCUGGCUCCGAUCCACACCAUCCUCAAAGCCAUCAUGAUGAGAAAUCAAGGUUCCUGCAAGCCCCUAUACCCUACAGGCCAAUCUUUGAAGAUCCAUCCGAUCCCUCUCCGAAUAUCCACAUCACCGAAGCAGACAUGGAGGGCUACUCGAGCGACGCACCCAAUGAAAGCCCAUAUCCGCCACAGGAACUAAAACGAAAGAGCUCAAUCACCAAGCUGGUGGAAUUAAUUCGACCUAAGCAAUCCCACAGUCGAAGUGCUUCUGACAGCUCCCGGACAAAUAUUGAACAGCCACAUUCGACCUAUUCUGCAUCACAACCAGUGCAAUCCUCUUUCCUGGCAGUACCCGAGUCCAUUCGUGAUCACAUCAACGAGAAUGCCGACAAACCGGAUAUACCUCGAGCAGUUCCACGCUUCGAUCGACCUGAGGCUGAUACGGAGAAACUGAUGUGGAUUCAUGUGCCAUAUACGCAUACUGGCUGGGUAUCCCAAGUCAUUCGCCGAGCAUGUGAGGAUAGGCAAGAGCCUAAUUUUGUUCGGAAAUUUAUCAAUGACGAAAAUUGGUACAACCGGUUUAAUAGAGCUCGUCACCUCGAGCCCCAUGCACGUUUCGUCAAGCCCGCAUGCAUUCACUCCAGACAAAUGGAUAUUUCAGAACGUCCUUCUAAUCCUUCCAAGGAUCCUCAGCUCGCUCUAUAUGUUCCCUACCUCCACUGGGAUACAUAUCGCAACCUAAUCCAACGGCGUAAGGUGGUCGAAGAUCGACUCAACCAGGGCCGAUCCAAGCCCGUCCCAAGCCGGAUCUCAAAGGCAAGCCUGGAAGCCCAACUCAUCUGGAGCUAUCUCGGCUGCGAACCUCCAGUACAUUUCCGCCGCACAUUGGAUCAAUAUGGGUAUCCCAAUCUACGCUCGACUAUCGCUCGUGACGACGACCAGAUGCUUUGGAAGCGCACUCGCAGACCGGCGCGCAUUGAUGAGCAAUUAAAAGAGUAUCUGCAGUCUGCACAGGAUGAUCCCGAUAACGAGGAUAUUGGCGAGUUUCUAGAUGGCAAUGUCCUGAUGGUUGAUCAGCUCUGGCUUUGGAUUGUGGAUCAAAAGACUGUUGUUACUUUCUUUCCGAAUCAAGAGGCUGCGACCUCUGAGGGGAAGCUUUUUGAACAGUCGAACUUGCAUCGCAGCAUUUAUAAUGAGUUGAAUGGGGAUCUCUCGCGUCGGUUUGAGACCGCCGGUGACUUGGCUGCUCUUAUCAUGCUGCAUGCUGUCACUGUUCUCCUGGAUAAGACUCUCAAUCAUGAUCUGCAGGUAUUGCGAAUCUUCGAGGAGUCAAUCAGCAUAUUGACCGAAUCAGUGACGAAGUCUUUCAAGCGCUUUCGAAAUAGAGGCUUCACCAACCGCCCAGCGGAUCAUGACCGCACCUCAGACGGCAAGAUCAUGACAGCCGCGCAGCAAGAUUACAAAGAAUUGCAGGUUGCUCGUCGAAAUCGAGAAGAUCUAUCCGUUCUGCUUGAGCUGCGUGACAUCGAAGACGAGCUAUCCACCAUCCUAAAGCUGCUCGAUCAACAAGACACCGUUAUCAAAAAUAUGGUGAAAUACUUCGGUAACAAAGGGUGCGGUAAAUCAUUCCUCGAUACAGCACAAGAGCGAAUCGACGAAUAUCGUUCACAAAUCAAUGAGAUGAAAGAAAACAGCCAUCUAGCGCAGAAAGCAGUGGAAACGCUCCUUGACCUCAAGCAGAAACAGGCAAAUGUCGACGAAGCCAAGAUGACUCGGUGGCAAGCUGAAGUUGCCCAAACGCAAUCGCGAGCAGUGAUGGUCUUCACCAUAUUCAGUGUUGUCUUCCUCCCUCUAUCUUUCUUUACCUCCUUGUUUGGAAUCAAUGCCCGAGAAUGGAGCGGGGAACAGGCAAACCCAACCCUAGGACAAAUGUUCGAAAUAGCAGCCCCGGCAUCCUUUGCAAUAAUCUUCCUGUCCCUCUUCAUAGCCUUCAGCGAAACGCUACGCGAUAUCGUAUCCAAAAUGCACAAGAUCGGCGCGGGCCUAUCGAAGGACUUCAUCCUGCAUCCGAUUAAAUCAUUCUUAUGGGGUUCUGCUACAGGUAAAAUACCUAUUCACGUCGUGCCUGAGGACUCUGGGCUUAGGAAACGCUUUGAUGAGUAUCUGGGUUAUGGGAGGCGGAAUAUGCAGCGUGAUGAGGAUAUCUGGCGGCGGUGGCAGGGGGAUCGAAUUUCUGCGGGGAAGGGAAACAAGAAGGGGAAGUAUGAGAUAAAUUCUGGAUUUGAUCGGAGACGCCCCGGGGAGGUUUAG